AGAGAGAGAGAACCACCCAGAUACAGAUGUGCGCAGAGACCAGGCAAUGACAUUUGGAAUUCCUUCAGGGCAAAAGGAGAUGGGAAUAGAAGCGGGAAAUCCUGUAGCCACGAUCUGGCAUCAUUAAGAAGUUUUUUUCUUUUAAAGAAAGAGGUGGGGGAAGAACGAAAGAAAAAGACACCCCCGCCUUCCGUGGCGAAGCUGGGUGCAGCUUUCUCGCCACAGUCCCCGGCUAAGGUGGCAGAUCUCAUCAUCCCAACAUCCCUGUGCCCUCCGACCGCAAUUGGCUUGGAGGACCACGAGGAGGGGCGGGGGAAGUGCGUCACCAGCAGGCAGGGCAGACCUCAGCAGCGGCCCUGUGAGGACAUAGCUGGGAUCUGCGCCUGGUGAGGACUUAGCUGACCUGCCUGUUGUGAGGACUUGGCUGGGACCCGCAAGCCUCUCCUCCUGUGUUUCUUUUCUGACUCCUUGGAAAUUAAGGAAUGCAAUUCUGCCACCAUGAUGGAAGGACUGAAGAAACGUACAAGGAAGGCCUUUGGCAUACGGAGGAAAGAGAAGGACACUGAUUCUACAGGUUCACCAGAUCGAGAUGGAAUGCAGCCCAGCCCACACGAGCCACCCUACCAUAGCAAAGCAGAGUGUGCGCGUGAAGGAGGAAAAAAAGCGUCGAAGAAAAGCAAUGGGGCACCGAAUGGAUUUUAUGCAGAAAUUGAUUGGGAAAGAUAUAACUCACCUGAGCUGGAUGAAGAAGGUUACAGCAUCAGACCGGAGGAACCCGGCUCUACCAAAGGAAAGCACUUUUAUUCUUCAAGCGAAUCCGAAGAGGAAGAAGAAUCACACAAGAAAUUCAAUAUCAAGAUUAAACCAUUGCAGUCUAAAGGCAUUCUUAAGAAUGCUGCAACUGUCGACGAACUGAAGGCUUCCAUAGGCAACAUUGCACUUUCCCCAUCACCUGUGAGGAAAAGUCCGAGGCGCAGCCCGGGUGCAAUUAAAAGGAACUUAUCCAGUGAAGAAGUAGCAAGACCCAGGCGCUCCACCCCAACUCCAGAACUUAUAAGCAAGAAGCCUCCCGAUGACACUCUGGCCCUCGCUCCCCUCUUUGGACCACCAUUAGAAUCAGCUUUUGAUGAACAGAAGACAGAAGUUCUUUUAGAUCAGCCUGAGAUAUGGGGUUCAGGCCAACCAGUUAACCCGACCACGGAGUCGCCUAAGAUAGCAAGACCUUUUCCCACUGGAACACCUCCACCACUGCCUCCAAAAAAUGUACCAGCCACCCCACCUCGGACAGGCUCCCCCUUAACGGUCGCACCAGGAAAUGACCAGUCAGCCACAGAGGCCAAAAUUGAGAAACUACCAUCCAUCAGUGACUUGGACAGCAUUUUUGGCCCAGUGUUGUCCCCCAAGUCUGUUGCUGUUGAUACUGAAGAGAAGUGGGUCCAUUUCUCUGAUGCAUCCCCGGAACACAUUAUUACUCCAGAGUUGACUCCAAGGGAAACGGUGGUAUCCCCACCAGCUGCAUCAGACAUCCCAGCUGACUCCCCAGCUCCAGGCCUGCCCGGCCCCCCAGGCCCUCCAGGUCCCCCAGGGCCUCCCGGUCCUCGCAAUGUACCAUCUCCGCUCAAUUUAGAAGAAGUCCAGAAGAAAGUUGCUGAGCAGACCUUCAUUAAAGAUGAUUACUUAGAAACACUCUCAUCUCCUAAAGAGUGUGGGUUGGGACAGAGAGCAACUCCACCUCCCCCACCACCACCCACCUACAGGACUGUGGUUUCAUCCCCCGGACCUGGCUCCGGCAGUGGUACGGGGACCACCAGUGGUGCAUCCUCUCCAGCUCGACCAGCCACUCCCUUAGUUCCUUGUGGCAGUACCACUCCACCUCCACCGCCUCCCCGGCCUCCAUCCAGGCCUAAGCUACCUCCAGGAAAGCCUGGAGUCGGAGAUGUGUGCAGACCUUUCAGCCCACCUGUACAUCCUUCCAGCCCUCCUCCAACAGCACCCUUAGCCCGGGCUGAAAGCACUUCUUCAAUCUCGUCCACCAAUUCCUUGAGUGCGGCCACCACUCCCACAGUUGUGUCAGAAGAUGAUGUUUUUUAUGACAAACUGCCCUCGUUUGAAAGGCGCUGUGACAGCCCUGCAGAGAAUGAACAGCCUUCCCUCGUUUGGUUUGACAGAGGAAAGUUUUAUUUGACUUUUGAAGGUUCUUCCAGGGGACCCAGUCCUCUAACCAUGGGGGCUCAGGACACCCUUCCUGUGGCGGCAGCAUUCACAGAAACAGUCAACGCCUACUUCAAAGGAGCAGAUCCGAGCAAAUGCAUCGUUAAGAUUACUGGAGAAAUGGUGCUGUCCUUUCCUGCUGGCAUCACCAGACACUUUGCCAACAACCCAUCUCCAGCUGCUCUGACUUUCAGGGUGAUAAAUUUCAGCAGGUUAGAGCACGUCCUGCCAAAUCCCCAACUUCUCUGCUGUGAUAAUACACAAAAUGAUGCCCAUUCCAAGGAAUUCUGGGUAAACAUGCCAAAUUUGAUGACUCACCUAAAGAAAGUCUCUGAACAAAAACCCCAGGCUACAUAUUAUAAUGUGGACAUGCUCAAAUAUCAGGUGUCUGCCCAGGGCAUUCAGUCCACACCUCUGAACUUGGCAGUGAACUGGCGAUGUGAAGCCACGAGCACGGACCUGCGCAUAGAUUACAAAUACAACACGGAUGCGAUGACUACCGCAGUGGCCCUUAACAACGUGCAGUUCCUGGUCCCCAUAGAUGGAGGAGUGACUAAGCUCCAGGCCGUGCUUCCCCCAGCUGUCUGGAAUGCUGAACAACAAAGAAUAUUGUGGAAAAUUCCUGAUAUCUCCCAGAAGUCAGAGAACGGAGGUGUGGGUUCUUUACUGGCGAGGUUUCAGCUAUCCGAAGGCCCAAGCAAACCUUCCCCUUUGGUUGUACAGUUCACAAGUGAGGGAAGCACUCUUUCUGGCUGCGACAUUGAACUUGUUGGAGCAGGGUAUCGGUUUUCACUCAUCAAGAAGAGGUUUGCUGCAGGAAAAUACUUGGCAGAUAACUAAUAAAAUCUUGUGCAAGGAUUUAGAAGAUUCGUGCACUGGAGAACUGUUGUUUGAGAAACAGGUUUUAAUUCUGGUUUGAUCAAAACAAACCAGUGUCUGCACUUGGGAUCUAUCAGCUGAAGUUCUGUUGCUUUCAGCAGUGAUUUCCCACAUACAGUACCAUGAUGAUUGGUCCCAUAGUAUUUACUUCUAGGUGUAAUAUUGUUAAUGGUUUUAAAAUGUAAUUAUUGUAUUUGUAAAUUGUACCUUCAUUCCGGUAAGGCAGUAAGACACUUGAGUUUUAGCAUUUUUCAUUCCUGAAAUGGAUGUAAUUUAAACUGUGGUAUGUAAAUUUAAUAGUAGUACUGUUGAAUGGCACAAUGCUUACAGAGAUAGAUUGCAUUUUGUCAAUAUAUAAAAUUUAAAUAUAAUAUUGAUAGUUGUCAUAAAGGGGGCGCCACACACAAAGAAACUUGGAUGGAACCAGAAGAAAAAGCAACUUAGUUUUCUUCAGUCCCUUAGUAUAUUUUACUCUAGUGCUAAAUAACACUUCUAUCUUCAGUUUAAUGGGUUAAAUUCAGAAACUAUUUCAAAAAAAUUCUAAGGUUACAGCACAUUCAAAAAGAAGCAUUACCACUUUUUAAAAAGCUUUUUUUUCAAACUGCAAAUUUCAUAAAAAAUGCGAACUGUGUAAACAGGGCCUCUUAUUUUUAUAACUUGUGUAAAAAGGAAAAGUGAUUCAUAUUUAAAGUUCAAGUAUAUUAAAUUAUAUUCAAGAGUAAAGAGGAUGUUGAAAUCUUACUUAGUUCCCCCUUUCUCCACAGUUUAGCAUAUAUGGAGAUUGCUGAAUAAUCAGACUAGAGCCAAAAUUAUGAUUUUUAAAGUUUCAAGACUUUCUGUAGCUGAACUGGUUUGAAACUUUUGCACAAUUGACCUGAUGGGAGGGGGCAGGAGGUCUGUCUCAUCCUGCAGGGAGGGGUGAAACCUCCUUUAUCCACAAGAAUCAAAACAUUAAGAAUAAGAACUUUAGGGGGGAAUUUUUAAUUCCCUGUUUAAAUCCAAAAGGAGAAUUUUUAAAUCAUGUAUAUCUUUGGGGAAGGAAGAAAUAAGCUUUAUAAAUUAAGUUCUAUUCACUUUGUUGUCCAAUAACUGUCUUUUUGGAUGGAUUCAUUGUAUAAAACUGUGGAUCUUCACCAUCUUGGAGAGUGGAGAACAGAGCAGGGAAGUGGGAUAAAGUUCAGUGAAUGCUAUAGUUUCAGGUCUGCCCAGCAGGACUGAAUCAAAGCAGUCUCAUGUCCCCCACUGAAGUCUAAAAACAUAAGUCUUCCAGUAAGUCAUUUUAAACAUAGAACAACUCUUAUUCUAAGCUAUCCUAUCAAAUAACUGAAAUUGAGUUACAGUGCGUAUCAUUAGUUGCUAAAUUCCAUUUUCUUGUCACUCUAAUUGACAAGAAUCUUUAACUCCUUUAAAUUUUAGAUUAAAUGUCUUAAGUCUUACCUUUAAAAUGAGGUUGUGACUGGCAAUUGUUUCUAGUGGAACUUUUUACAUUAGUCUUUGUACUCUUCAAGCAAAUGAUUGUUACCCCAAAAAGAAAAAUGUACAGCACGACCUAUUUUGCCUUGGAAGAAUUCCCGCUAAAACAGGCUCUAGCCUACCUCCCCAAAGUGCCCUGGUGGUGAAGUUUUUUUGAACAAACUAAUUAAUUUGUUCAUGUUAGGUUUGGUUUUGAAACCGAGUAGAGAAAUGUAAAUUUUUAAAUCUCAUAAAAUGGGAAAAUUUAAAACAUUCAGACCGAUGGAGAAUAAGAAGAUGGGGACUCACCUAGCACAUGAUGUGACUUAUCCAGCAUAUGAACCUAAAAUGUUUUUAAGUAAUCAGUUCAUGGAAAAACAUUGAAUAUUAACACAAAACAUUAAAAUAUGUAAAUAUUGCUGGUUCUCAUGUAUUUCUCUU